UGAUGUGGAAUUUCUGGCUCUUUGACUGGUUAUCAGAGACGGCCGUGCCUAUUAAACGUGGCCGUGCCUACAUGGAUAGUCGUGUCCGAUUGGUCCAGAAGUGAAUAAACAUGUUUUUUGCAUAAUACCAAUCUCUCGUCGUCAUUGCGUCGUCUAAGGACGACCACAUUUAUAUAAAACGAGAGAGUGCCGCGGAAAUCUCCGUAUUUUACAUCAAGAAAAGAAACGCCGUGUUACCAAAGAGAAGAAUCACUAACGUCAUGAAAGACGAGCUCAAGUAUCUUACGGGAUUUGGCUGUGAAUUCUCCAGCGAAGAUGAGCGUUGUCCAGGAGCACUUCCCAUUGGACAGAACAAUCCACAGAAGUGUCCAUACGGUCUUUAUGCCGAACAAUUGUCAGGCACAGCGUUCACCGUUCCGAGAAGUCAAAAUAAAAGAUCAUGGCUAUAUCGAAUGAGACCAUCCGUCGUUCACAGUCCGUUCAAAUCUUUCACUAGAGCUUGUGGUGCCGAAUCUUUUGUAAAAAGCAAUUGGAACGAGACCCAUCCCAAUCCAAACCAGUUAAGAUGGAAGAUUUUCGACGUUCCAAGUCGACGGGAUCCCGAAGUCGACUUUAUCGAGGGUCUUCACACUCUCUGCGGUGCCGGCGAUCCCAAGAUGCGCCAGGGUGUUGCAGUACACGUGUACUUAUGCAAUGCUUCUAUGAAGGAUAGGGCUUCCUACAAUGCUGAUGGUGAUUUUCUUAUCGUGCCACAAUUAGGCGCUUUGCAAAUUAUCACCGAGUUCGGUAAGAUGCGAUGCGAGCCGAACGAGAUAUGCGUCAUUCAGCAGGGGAUGAGAUUUUCUGUGACCGUCUUCGGCCCGUCCAGGGGUUAUAUCCUUGAGGUUUUCGACAAUCACUUCCAGCUGCCAGAAUUGGGACCGAUAGGGGCGAAUGGCCUGGCGAAUCCGAGAGACUUUCAGACGCCGGUGGCUUGGUACGAGGAUCGCGAGAUCGAUUACGAGAUCGUAUGUAAAUAUCAGGGAAAGUUGUUUGUAACUAAGCAAGGUCACAGUCCCUUCGAUGUGGUCGCCUGGCACGGCAAUUACGUGCCUUACAAAUAUGAUCUCGAUAGGUUCAUGGUCAUCAAUUCCGUCUCCUUUGAUCACUGCGAUCCGUCUAUCUUUACCGUGUUAACAUGUCCCACUAACAAGCCUGGAACUGCCGCAGCCGAUUUCGUGAUCUUUCCACCUCGAUGGUCCGUGCAGGAGCACACUUUCCGACCCCCUUACUAUCAUAGAAACUGUAUGAGCGAGUUUAUGGGGUUAAUAAAGGGUCGAUACGAGGCAAAGGAGGACGGUUUCUCUGCCGGUGGUGCUUCAUUGCAUUCUAUUAUGACUCCGCACGGUCCUGAUGUACAGUGUUUUGAGAUCGCGUCCAAGAACGAGCUGAUGCCAGAACGGAUCGCCGACGAUACGCAGGCGUUUAUGUUCGAGACCUCGUAUGGCAUGGCCGUGACAGAAUGGGCCGCUAAGCUUUGCAACAAGCUGGACAACGACUACUAUAAAUGUUGGCAGGAUCUACGGAAGCAUUUUGAUCCCACUGAUAAGCAGGCCAAAACCACUUAACGCAACAAUCAGAUGUCUUCAUCUUUGCGCUGGAGACGGACUGUCGUCAGCGAGAUAAAUCUUUAACGUUUCUCAAUCUUUUGUCGUGGCAAAAAGAAAAGUAAAAUCAUUAUCUUUUACAUACAACACGUAUUUUAACAACUGUUUUAUCCUCGCGAAAA